AUGCAUUUUAAAGCCGAGUCAGACAAUGAAAAGCUGCGCAGAAUUAGAGCCGAGGAUCUGGAGUGGUCUUUGGCUGUGGUGCCUUCACUGACACAGCUCUGUCUGAAUAACAUCGUACAAAACUUUGAAGAUAAUCCUGUCAUUGAGAAACUCCUGCCGAAGCACAAGGCUUUUGUCCUGGAGAAGCUGCCUCCAAGUCUGCCUCUCACCCUAACAGCAAAUCUGAUCAGUGAUGAGAGCUACUGGAAGCGAUGCUGUCAGAGCCGCUGGACAGUCUGCGACGUCUCUGAAUAUGGUGACAGCUGGAAGCGCAUGUUCUUUGAACGCCAUCUAGAGAACAUCAUUGAACAUUUCAUCCCAGACAUGACUGACAUCCAGUCGGUGCUGGAGCUUGUGCCACUGUGCAGAGACUAUGUGAAGCGGCUAAAGAUCUCUCAGCUUCUGCCCCCAGUUAAAGAGCCGAUGGCAUUUGAAGAGAGCGACGGUGCAGAUUCGGUCAGCGAUUUUUACACUGAGGGGUCCUCAAUGGAUCACUUUGACUUCAGAAUUCUGCUCGACAAACUGAGCAGUCUGGAAGAGCUGCAGCUUAUGUAUGGUGUAAAAAGCUGUGGAAUGAACUUUGAGUGGCAUCUGUUUCAGUUUACCCUCCGUGACUGUCAGUCGAUGGCUGAGGCUGUGAAAUCCUGCAAAACCUUGAAGGUUCUCCGAAUCCAUCGGAGCAACGUGGACGAUGAAAAGUGUCGCAUGCUAGUAAAACACCUGCUUGACCACGCAUCCCUGCUGGAGCUUGACCUCUCACACAGUCUCAUAGGGGAUCGAGGGGCGAGAGCCAUUGGCAAACUCCUCAAUCGCAGCUGUCUGAAGACACUGAACAUUUAUGACAACCAAAUUAGUGGACCAGGAGCCCAAGCCUUAGCCCAUGCCCUCUCCAAAAACAACUCUCUAGUGUCACUCAACCUCAGACUGAACCAGAUAGGGGACGAAGGCGGCCAGGCUAUAGCUCAUGCCUUGCUAAAUAAUCGUACCCUGGUAAACCUUCAGUUAGGGGCGAACGAGAUGACGGAGCCCACAGCCACAGCAUUCUCACAGGUCUUAGUACAGAACACGACACUGAGGCGCCUCAACCUGUCCUGCAACAAACUGGGAACGGAUGGAGGGAAGGUCCUGGAACAAGGGAUGUUGCAUAACCGUAGCCUGCUGGAGUGUGAUAUUCGCCUCACUAAUAUGAGCCUGGAGACAGAGUACUGCAUCCGUGAAGUUCUGUGUACCAAUCAGGACAAAGCACACCGUGAACGCACACAGGACAGAGCAAACACCAAAUACAGUCACAUUGAGAUGCAGCUCAUUUGAUAAAUAUCGCAAUGAGAAAAUGGCAUUUUA